CCUAAAGAAAGAAUCCCUUCCGCUUAAAAUUAAGUCACUUCUCAACAACUAAAAUUUUCAUUUCAAUUCCAAAGUUCUUUCAGUUUCUCUUUCAAGAAUCGAUAGUCUCCCAACUUCUCUGUCAAAAAUCCUUUCAGUUAACUGUCUUCUUCUUGAAGAAUGUGUGGAGGUGCUUUAAUCUCCGGUUUUAUUCCGACGACUCACUCCCGGCGAGUCACAGGCGAACAUCUUUGGCCUAACCUGAAGAAACCUGGCUUCGGUAAUCAAUUGUCCAAGCCGGUUAAGUCUGAUAUCAUUGACAUUGAUGAUGAUUUCGAGACGGAUUUCCAGCAUUUCAAGGACGAUUCCGAUUUGGAAUUUGAUGUGGAAGAGCUCGUUGAUGUCAAAUCAUUUGCCUUCUCUGCUGGUGGAAGCCCUGCCGUUCCUUCUGCUCGUGCUUCAAAAUCUGUAGACUUCUCUGGACAAGCUGAAAAAUCUGCAAAAAGAAAGCGAAAGAAUCAGUACAGGGGAAUCCGACAGCGACCAUGGGGUAAAUGGGCAGCAGAAAUUCGUGAUCCACGGAAAGGAGUCCGUGUGUGGCUUGGCACUUUUAAUACUGCUGAAGAAGCUGCUCGAGCAUACGAUGCUGAAGCACGACGAAUUCGUGGAAAGAAAGCUAAGGUCAAUUUUCCCAAUGAAGCUCCACGAACUAGCGGAAAGCGUUUAUCCAAGACAAACCUUCAGGAACCAGUAGUUAAAACUAGUUUGGCAAAGACCCAAUCAGAUCAAAUCCAGAACAAUGGUUUCGUGAGCAACUCUGAUGAAGAUUACUAUAGCACUGUGGGUUUCCUGGACGAAAAACCGCUUACAAAUCAACUCGUCAACAUGAAUUCAUUCCCUGCUAACACAGAUGUUGCAAUAAAAACCAGUCCACCUUCUUCUGAUGUUGCUCCCAUGUACUUUAAUUCAGAUCAAGGGAGCAAUUCGUUUGAGUACUCUGACUUUGGAUGGGGAGAGCAGGGUGCUAAGACUCCUGAAAUCUCGUCCUUUCUUUCAGCUGCCAUGGAGAAUGAAGAUUCUUACUUUGUGGAGGAUGCAUCUCCAAGCAAGAAAGUUAAGUAUAGCCCAGAGACUAUGGAGGUUUCUCAAGGCUCUGGAAAGACUUUAUCUGAGGAGUUAUCUUCUUUCGAGUCUGAGAUGAAAUACUUCCAGAUGCCAUAUCUUGAUGGCAGCUGGGAUGCAUCAAUGGAUGCCUUCCUUGCAGGCGAGACAGGAAACCAGGAUGGCGGUGUAAACUCAGUCGACCUUUGGUCCUUCGAUGAUUUUUCGGGAAUGGUCGGCAGUGCCUUCUAAGCAAAUCUUGUCCAGAUUGCUAGGUUAUGUAAAUAAAAGCUACAUAUUAGAACAUUUGUCCUCUGUUAUGGCAAUGGACGUGAGAGAGAUCUGCCUGCAUAAGCAACGGCUUAACAACAAACAUGGCUAUUGGUUUGUAUGUUGUGAGGACAUGUAGUACUACUUGCUUGGUAGGCUACAUUUCAUGUGUCGAGACCAUAAUAUGGGAAUCUCAAAACUAAUAUAUGCUUGUACUGAUGAUGAUAGACUACAUGUUGUUGGCUUGCUAUGGAUGUUGAAAACUUGAUGAAUCUCAAUUCUGCCUUUUGUGUUUGUGUGAAUGAGAAUGGAUGGUUGUGCUAUUCUUUUC